ACCUCGCAGGAAAAUGACAUAAGUGAAGAAAUUCUCCGACGUGCUACUGUUUCUUGCUUUGGUAAAGGAGAAAUAACUAAACUAAGACAAGGAUAUUUUCUGCCUAUAAAUAUUCCUAUUUUUCCCUUGUCUUUCUUUUCCUUUUUUCUUUUUGUCACAUAUUUAUAAACAUGUCUGAUUACCCUACACUUCCCGAAUUCAGUUUAAAAGGCAAGAAGGCCAUUGUCACAGGCGGUGCCAGAGGAUUAGGAUUGGAAAUGAGUAAAGCCCUGGCUCAGUCAGGUGCUGAUGUCGCUUUAAUGUAUGUCUCUAACGAUAAAGCUCAUGAUUUGGCUGCUCAAAUCGCAAAGGAAUACAACGUGUUCUGUAAGGCCUACAAGGCUGAUGUUUCCAACCCAGACGAAACUCGCAGUGCCAUUGAAAAUAUUGUCAAAGAGAUGGGUAGUGUUGACAUCUUUGUUGCAAACGCUGGUGUUAAUGCAGGAGGUGCAGCAGAGACUUAUGAUUUGAAAACAUGGCAUAAACUCUUUGAUGUCAAUGUUCAUGGUGUAUUCUAUGGUGUCCAAGCCGUCUCCAAAUACAUGCUCGAAAAGGGUAAAGGAAGCAUCAUCAUUACAUCUUCUAUCUCAGGUACCAUCGUCAACCGUCCCCAACUUCAAUGUGCUUACAACACAACAAAGAGCGCAGUCAGCAUGUUGACCAAGUGCUUGGCUGUUGAAUGGGCAAAGAGAGGUGUUCGUGUCAACGCUAUUUGUCCUGGAUAUAUGAAAACUGAUUUACUUGACAACACAAACAAGGAAAAUCCAGAUUGGGAAAAGACCUGGUUGGAAUCAACUCCUAUGGGACGUAUUGGUGAAGCUUCAGAAUUAAAGGGUGCAGUUGUCUUCUUGGCUAGUGAUGCAAGUAGUUACGUUACAGGCACAGAACUGUUCGUUGAUGGUGGUUAUACUGCCAUUUAAAAUAAAGACCGUGUGUAUAUAUUUUAUUUU